AUGACGACGACCCUCCCAUCGGAGAUCAUCACCGACAUACUUGUUCGGCUUUCCGUCAAGGACCUCAUCCGCUACAGGUGCGUAUCCAAGCCAUGGUGCUCCUUGAUCGACGGCCCUGAUUUCAUCAAAAGUCACCUCAACUACUCCAACGCCGGUCUGGUUCUCAGCUGGAGCGACAUCUACUGCGUCGACCUGAAUAAUCUUAACUCCGCCGUCGAACUCAAUCACCCAAUCGAUUUUGAGGGCGGUACUACCGCAGUUUUGGGCUCUUGCAAUGGCUUACUUGUCCUGUUCAAUUCGUAUGAUGAUGUGGCUUUGUGGAACCCAUUUACUAAAAGGUUAAAGUUUAUAGCCUAAAAGCCAAUUUGUGGAAGAGGAUACCUUUGUUAUAAAGAGGACGGUGUUCUUGUCGGCAAUGCUUUACAUUGGGUUGUAUAUAGGAAACCAGUAUCUGAUGUUUCUAACUUAAUUGCUGCUUUUGAUAUUGUGAGUGAGGAAUACUAUGUGGUGCCUCAACCAAAUUUUGUGGAUUGUGAUUUUCACAUGACUCUGAAUGUCUUAGGAAGUUGCCUUUGCCUGAUUGCUAAUUACACCUCUGAGCGAUCUUCUUAUUUUUGGGAAACCAAGGCAGAUCGUAUUGACAUAUGGGUAAUGAAGGAUUAUGGGGUUAAGCUGUGUUCAGUGGUGCCAUCAGAUGGGAUAAACUCUUUCUGUUAUGUAUUCCCUGUUACAUACUUGAAGCAUCGUGGUAAUCAAAUUCUAAUGGAUCAGGAUUCCAAAAAGUUUAUUUUGUAUGAUUUGGAAAGUAAUAAGGCUAAGAAUGUGAUGGUUUCUGUUAUGCCUAUCCAAUUUCAAGUGUGUGUGUGCCUGCAAAGCCUUGUUGGACUUGGUGGUAGGGAUGGGGAAAUCUCUGGCAAGAAGGCAGAGAAGCUUAGGUGGAAAAGGAAGCUGAAGAAGGAGGAGGAAGCUGCUAAGAGGUAAAGCUGAGUUAUCUUCCACCACUUUAUGUUUUCUCCAUAAUAACUUAAUCAUCUAUUUAUUGCACUCAGACAUAUAUAGUUGUAAAUUGCUUACUUUAAAACCAAGAACUGGCCAAUUUUUUAGUUUUGUUCUUUGCUGAAUACAUUUCUAAUAUUUGAUCUUAAAACUGCUCUCUGCUUUAUCAUAUUUAGAGUUCAAUUGAAAGAAACUAGGUAAAGGUGUACCUGUUAAAUUAGUCAUGAUCACUUUAGUAGUUUAGCAAUAGUCAAUAUAUGAUAGAUGUUCAAAAAUUAAUUAGUUCGAACUGUUUGAAACUUGACAUAUGAAAAUUGCAUGCUAACAUUACUGCACUUACAUACAUUGUUUUCUGCUCUAAGUAGGGAUGAUUUCCUGUCGAAGGGAUUCAAAGUAGUGCUGUGAAUGAAGCCAUAGGUAAUGUUUAUAUUAAAUUUUUUGCUAGUGAUCUAUACACAUUCUCCUGUAAUAGCUAUUUAUUUUAAUGAUAUAUUGGAGCUUUUAUUUCAUGCUCUCAUUUUGUUUUUCUAUUCUUAUCUUCAGCAUUUUUUUUUAAAUUUUAAUUUCAGGGAGCUGUUGAGGUUUAUAGUUGAUGUUUUACUCUCUAGAUGGAUCAUGGAAUCGUGUUCAUAUUUUGGUAAUAAACCCUUUUUGGACAAAUGCUGAAGUGAUCUCGACUUCAGGUGGAACAAUUUCCAGCUUUGCAUUUCAUGUAUUGGAAGUUUACCCAUGUUAAUUAAUAUGUGUACGCAGUACUUUUGAAGCUAAAUGCAUGUCAUGUUUUGAACUUCAUUCACCAUUUUUAUAUCACAUUCUCCUUUCAUUGGAAAGGAAAAUGGAGAAAUGAAUGGGAAAGAUCCUCCUUUCAUUUUGUCGAGCAAUAGCAUAACCAGUAAAAUUUUGUUUACAGAUA